AUGGCUGAUAUAUUUGGACCUGCUCCUGAACCACCUACCGAAUUAGGAAGGCUCAGAGUUCUUUCUAAAAGUGCAGGCAUUAGAGUUUCCCCUCUCAUUUUGGGGGGAAUGUCGAUUGGUGAUGCUUGGUCAGGAGCCAUGGGAUCAAUGAACAAGGAGCGAGCUUUUGAGUUACUCGAUGCCUUUUACGAAGCAGGUGGUAACUUUAUUGAUACUGCAAAUAAUUACCAGAACGAACAGUCAGAAGCUUGGAUCGGUGAAUGGAUGGUUUCAAGAAAAUUGCGUGAUCAAAUUGUAAUUGCCACCAAGUUUACCACAGAUUAUAAGGGCUAUGAUGUAGGCAAAGGGAAAAGUGCCAAUUUCUGCGGUAAUCACAAGCGCAGUUUGCAUGUGAGUGUCAGAGAUUCUCUUCGCAAAUUGCAAACUGACUGGAUUGAUAUUCUUUAUGUUCACUGGUGGGAUUAUAUGAGUUCUAUCGAAGAAGUUAUGGAUAGUUUACAUAUUCUUGUCCAGCAGGGCAAGGUCCUCUAUUUGGGUGUGUCUGAUACACCUGCCUGGGUUGUUUCUGCAGCAAAUUACUACGCUCAAUCUCACGGGAAAACUCCUUUCAGUAUCUAUCAAGGUAAAUGGAAUUUGUUGAACAGGGACUUUGAGCGUGAGAUUAUUCCAAUGGCAAGACAUUUUGGUAUGGCCCUGGCUCCAUGGGAUGUUAUGGGAGGCGGAAGAUUCCAGAGUAGAAAAGCAAUGGAAGAGCGGAAGAAGAAUGGAGAGGGCCUGCGUACUUUCGUUGGUAGCCCUGAUCAAACAGAUGCAGAAAAAAAGAUUAGUGAAGCAUUGUCCAAGGUUGCUGAGGAACAUGGAAUUGAAUCUGUCACAGCUAUUGCUAUCGCCUAUGUCCGCUCCAAAGCAAAAAAAGUUUUCCCAUUGGUUGGAGGAAGAAAAAUUGAACACCUCAAACAGAACAUUGAGGCUUUAAGUAUUAAACUGACACCAGAACAGAUAGAAUACCUAGAAAGUAUUGUCCCUUUCGAUGUUGGUUUUCCUACUAAUUUCAUCGGUGAUGAUCCAGCUGUUACCAAGAAGCUUUCAAUUCUCACAGCAAUGUCUGCCAAGAUUUCCUUUGAUUAG